AUGGAAGCAAGUGACCCUCCCCUAGCCCAAGUCUUGGCUGAGGCCAACCUUCGUCCACAGCCAUUCCACCGCGAGCAUCCCGACGAGCUCCACACCCCCAGCUGGCAUGCAGCAAGCAACCGCCCCAUUGUGGACGGCAAAUUCAACGAUCCUGAGUCCGGUGAAGUCCGUGAUGCUGGAGGCUUAGUGUUCUCCGGACCCCCCGCUGUCGAUAUCAUCAUCACAAAUAUUCACGAAGGCUCGUCCAACAACAUCUUUCGCGCUCAGCUCCCCUUUCGUAUGGAGAAGCUGCUGGCGUGGAUCCUGCGGGUAGUUGGAGAACGCAAGCUCCAGCUUGACUCUCUUAAUGCCACCCCAUAUGCUAUUCGAGUGGUGCUUUCUCAUGAAUUAAAUGAGGGGAAAUUUCAUGAAAUUGCUCAUGAGAUGGCGACCGGGGUUUGGGGGCAGCAAUAG